AUGAGCCUUCCCAGCUAACAGAGGUUUUCUGGACACCAUUGGCCAUUCUCCAGUGAAGACUUUCAGCUGAACUCUCAUCUCUCAACACUGGCAAAUAUUCAUAAGAUCUACCACACCCUUAAUAAGCUAAAUCUAACAGAAGACGUUGGCCAAGACGAUCACCAAACAGGAAGUCUUCGGUCUUGCAAUUCUUCGGACUGUUUUAGUAAAGUGAUGCCGCCAAGGAAAAAGAGAAGACCUGCCUCUGGAGAUGAUUUGUCUGCCAAGAAAAGUAGACAUGAUAGUAUGUAUAGAAAAUACGAUUCAACUAGAAUAAAGACUGAAGAAGAAGCCUUUUCAAGUAAGCGGUGCUUAGAGUGGUUCUAUGAAUAUGCAGGUACUGAUGAUGUUGUAGGUCCUGAAGGCAUGGAAAAAUUUUGUGAAGACAUUGGUGUUGAGCCAGAAAAUGUAGUUAUGCUUGUCCUGGCUUGGAAAUUGGAUGCACAGAACAUGGGUUAUUUUACUCUACAGGAAUGGUUAAAAGGAAUGACUUCUCUACAAUGUGAUACAACAGAAAAACUAAGAAAUACUUUGGAUUACUUAAGAUCAUUAUUAAAUGAUUCUACAAACUUUAAACUUAUUUACAGAUAUGCAUUUGACUUUGCACGGGAAAAGGACCAGCGCAGCCUAGACAUAAAUACUGCCAAGUGCAUGUUGGGACUGUUAUUAGGAAAAAUGUGGCCCCUUUUUCCAGUUUUUCACCAAUUCUUAGAGCAAUCAAAAUAUAAAGUUAUCAACAAAGACCAGUGGUGCAAUGUGCUAGAAUUUAGCAGAACAAUUAAUCUUGACCUCAGCAACUAUGACGAAGAUGGAGCAUGGCCAGUUUUGUUGGACGAGUUUGUGGAGUGGUAUAAAGACAAACAGAUGUCAUAGGACUUUAUGCAUAGCAGCGAGAGAGUCACUGUUACCACAGUUAUAUCAACCAUUAGCCAUAAAUUGCUGUUCGUAUCAAAGCGCAUGCUGCUUUUCUUGCACUGUCUCCCUUUUGCAGGGACGUUUUUGGUGUUUGCUUGAAUGGGCCAGCUCUGCUUGCUGUGUAGCAUUGUUCUCUUGGAAGGCUGCUUUGCAGUUUUUAUUUACACUACAGAUUGGUCAAUUUGCCAACGUCCUCACUGUGAUUAUGUGUAUAUUGCUGUUUAAAUUUUGUAUAUGUGUAUAAAAAGAAAAAGCUUCACCUAGAGAUUAUUUCUGCAAAAAUGUAUUGUAAAAAUAAUUUUGUGGCAUAUUUCUAGUCCCUUUUUUCAAAUGAACCUAUUAUAUUUUAUUUGGUCUCAAAUGUAGCAUUUCAGAAAACAAGACAAAACAACUGUUACUAUGAGCAAAAUGUUGCCAGAAUUAACCUUAUUGUUUAAGAGGCCAACUUUUGGAAGAAAGUGAGAAUCAUAAUUUUUCAGACGUAUGUCAAAUUUUAUUUGGUUUACUUACUAGUAGCAUCUUAAAAUAAUGAAAGUUAUAAUUAUUUUAACAUACAGAUAUGUACCAUGCUAUGGAUCAUUUCCACCAUGCAAAGUAAAGUUUUUUGUUUUUUAAUGUUACUGUAGUAGUUUGGGUAUAGGUACAAGUGAACAAAUUAAAAUUGUAUUUUUUUUUAAAAAAAAAGUGGGGUUUAAAUUCUUCUAAACUUUACUUAGCGGUUUACUUUUUAACUUUUGCAUUCUUCUAGUCACUGUUUGGUCUGCUAAUGCUUUCCAUGCCAUCCUAAGUAAAAUUUAUUUUGCUGCCUCCAUGAAAACCUAAUGGUUUGCUGGCAAUUUGUAACUGCAGAGCACUUUUAGUUGUGGCUUGAAUUUUUAGUUAAGCUCUCAUGAUAUCUUAAUUUUCUAGUUUUUUGGAAGAAGAACGAUACUGUAAGUGAGAGGUUUGGGUUUUGUUUUAUGCCUCCCCUCCCCACCUUUCUUUUUUUGUUUCUUUCAUGCUAGGCUUUUCCUGGCAGAAUGUCCAUUGCAGGCAGUGGACACAAAACCACCAGCAUUGAGUUAAAUCUAUUAAAUGAUAGGAUGUUUCCUGGAGGGGCCACUCCUCAUUACCUGAGUAAUUUGUACAGAAAGGUUAUAGCCAUUAUUUAUGUGGAUAAGGAAACAAUAGUCAGCAGGAAGGUAUUUUUAGAUUUGUAUUUAGUGUCUGGUUUUGUUUGCCUUACUCUUGUUUAGAAGAUGUAGUUAACAUGUUUUUCCCCCAACCAUCUGGUGCUAUUGAAUAACUAAUUCAGUCCCUAAGGUUUUGUGAAAACAUAAAAAUCGAAUGAUUUAAUUAAGUAUAAAAGUAAUGGUGCAUUUAAAGAAGUGAAUGGUAUGUGAGCAAGAUUCAUGAUUGAACACGUAAUGAUUGGAAGAGCUUUGGGACUAUUUCAAAAUCUGGCCAAAAAGUCCUUCAGAUUAAAUGUGAACCUUUAAAUGACAUUCAGUAAGUAAAGCACACAGACAAUGCUGCUCUUGACCACUAUUUCACAGUUUCUUUGUAAACAGUGUUCAGAUUUUCAGAUCAUUUUUUUUCCUAACUGAACCACCAAAGACAGAAAUUUUGUAUGUAUAUAUAGUGUGAGUGCAUAUACAAAAUCAUGGUAUGGUAGAAAGCAACUACUUCCUUUCUUUACCAAAUAGAAAAGUUUGGUUUGCUGUGAAAUAAAGCAGAAGUUUCAAAAACUCUGUAAUGACUAAGCAUACUUAAUCAUUCCUUGUUUGUAAACUCACUUCCACCUUACAAAUUAAAAUCCAGUUUGCACAAAUUAUUAUCUGAAAAAUAAUAGAAAUUGUUUAUGGCAAGCAACAGCUAUUGAGACCACUCUGUUGAAAGGGAUUCUUAUGGGUGUGUGUAUGCUACAUGCUGAAUGGCCAUAGCAGAUUCAGAUCUGUGGGACACUUGAUUUUCACAGGUAUCUUAUGAAGUUAACAGAUCACACUUUAAAAGCAACAGUCCUUAAAUUUCAUCAACUGUAGUUUUGUUUAAAGCAAAUUAAAUCAUGAGUGAAAUUAUUUAAAAAGUUACUGUUAGAAUCUGGAGAAUUUUUUAAACACUAAAGCACAGAUAAUCCUAAAAAAGGGUGGGGGGCUGGAAUUCUUGCAAGGGGAGUUGUUACAUUUCAUUUAAAUGAACAUUUUCAUGAUAGGGUAGCCCAAGUAAAAACUAUUUCAUGAUGUAUAAUGUGGAAGUAAGUAUUCCAAAGGCUUAAUCCUGCAUACUUAGAAAACUGUAAAUAAUCUUUAAGCCCUUGGAAAAAAAAAAAAACCCUCUGUGAUUGCUGGGUUGCAGAGUGUUUACCCUUGGUUUUUCCUCAUUUUAUGUAGUUAUUACUGAGGGGAGAAAUAGGGGUGAAACAGUAAGUUUUUUUUUUUUUUUAAAGACAAGACACUUUUUAUUAAAAAUUUCUCUAAGUUACAGAAAACUGAUGAACAAUCAUUGAGCACUUAUUUACUGGCUAAUGUUAAAUAAGUUAGGGUGCCUUCUUUGGGUUUUUCUUUAGUAUCUAAGUAUACAACCUUUUUCUCUCUUUCCAUUGUAUUUUAAACUCCACAUUGUAAUACUCGGUUGUAAUGGAAUACAGCUUUUAGGUGUUUACUGCUGUGGUAGGCCAGAAACUCCAUUAUUUAAUUCUCUACAAACAUAUAUGAUAAUGCAAUGUGCACCUUUUUUUGAAGCAUGAACUCUGAAUUAAGUUUUUAUAAACUCUAACUAAAACUCUAGAUUCUGAUUUAACAACAGGUUUCUGUUGCCUCUCAGUCUCCAUUUUAACAAUGCUUUUGAAGUUUAUACAGAAAACUUUAAAAGUUAGUUUGUGUCCUUGGUUUUAAUUCUUACAACUGCUAAAAUACCUCUGUAAGCCUUAUUCUUUAUCUUUCAUAUGUUGUAUAAUAAAUGUAUAGAAUUCAUUGACCAACUAAAAUGUUGGGUGUAUGUAAAUGAGACCAAAACAUGGGUUGCUUUUGUUUCAUAAAAUAAUUUCUGUUGAGGGUUACUGUUAAGUGAACAACAGCUAACCUAUAACUGUGAAUGCUUCAUGUCGUCAGUAUUUGCAUUACAUUCAUAAAAGUGUGCAAGUCCUGUGACUCCCAAGCUUAACUAAAAUACUGUUAUGCCACCUAACUUGAGUACAGCAAACUGGUUUUAGGUUUUAAUGGAAUUGAUGUAAAAUGAUACUCCGCAAAUAAAAGGUAUUUGUGUUUGGUUUCAGAA